AUGACCUUGUUGCUCGCAAUGCUGCUGCUGCCGGUGAUGCUCAUGAUGCUGCCCCUGUCCCCAAUCCUCUCGCGCUUGUACACCAAACUUCAGCAAUGGAACGCAGCAACGAACCGCCUUCUAGUAGCCGGUGCUGACAUGACGCUGUUGGUUCAGCUAGUCUGGCAGGACAAUGGCGCUGGCUGGCACGCCACUGAGACCAGCACGCCUGCAACGUCGGGCCAGAUUGGCUGGGUGGGCCGUCGAUGGCUGGCGAUGCGACACGGCUCACAGCUUCAAUAUUGUACUGUGGAGACGAACCCAGAUAGCACACUGUGCGUGUCGGGUGCUAUUGAACGCUUAGAAGACCGCCCACUGGAUUACCGCCAUCUACUGCCUCUUCCCGGAAAUGAGGACCACGAACACGGCCCAGCCUUGUUGGUCUUGGGCGAGCCCUGCGUCAUCAGUCAAUAUCGAUCCGAAGCCGCUGAUCUUUUUCUCGCACCAAACAGUCUGCCCGCGAGCUCUGACCAGGGGCUCGUCGGCGUGCAACCAGCCUCCAAAGCUCAGGGGCUUGAGCCACCGUUGCUACGCCCAAGUACUGACACGCAUCGCUCUCCUGUUGAUCAACAAUUGGCGGCCAUUGAUGGUGUGGCCUGUACUCCGGCACGACGAGCUUGGGCUUGUUACUGCAACUUGGACCAUCGGGUCUUUGUAGCUCUGACUGAUUUGCCCAACGCCACCGAGUGGUUCCAGCUCCAACUACCCGCAGCACAGCCCAUCUACGGCUUGGCCUUCUCCGGCUCUCGCUUGGUCUGGAGUGAGCGGCAAACGGCAUCACAUUCGUCUGCUUCGGACGGCAUGGCCGACGCGAUGGCCAGUCUGUUUCCUACCAGCAGUCGCCAGGAUAGUACCUUGGCCCACUUCACGGCAGAGGUAGCCCCCUUGCUACCCCCUGAAUCUCGCUUAGCCUGGUAUGCAGCCCUGCAACGGUCGGCCUCGCGCAAGGAAUCACCCGUUCGCACCAGUCAAGCAGGCUUCGGCAAGAGCACGAACAAGUCCAGAGCCAGAGCCAGAGCCAAAACGUCCACCCAAGCUGUAGGAGCCGGGCAAGCCAAUCUGCUGACCAAAACUCAACCCGCGACGAACUGGACCCCCGUACACAUCCAGUCACCAGCUAACGCCCAAAUCGAGUUGGUUGUGAACAGAGCUGAGGCGAACCCCAGCCCACCCAUCAACGAAGCGACUGUGACUGCACGUGCACGGACCGCACGGACAGAUGAAGUCAGCACGCCCACGACUGAUGGGAUGGUUGAGGCCAACAAAAUAGCCACUGAUACCAACACAACCGCCAACGCGCCAACCACCGUUGUCACGGAGGCCCUCGAGGGCGGUGCCACCUCAAGACACUCCUCCCAAAGUGGCUCCCCUUCGCCGACCCCAAGAAGCAACAAAACACCUUCUCCGACCCCACCGGCCUCACCCACACUCAUGCGGCGCACGAUAGUCCCGCCCAAGAGCAGCUCCAACGAGGAGUCUAGCUUUGAGUUGCGCCUUCCGGGCGCUAGCCUCCUGCCACCCCUGGCUCAAGAACCAGGGCGUGCGGGCAUCGUGCUCUUGGAAGAACCGAGCAAGCCCGCCACGACCGAGUCCUCGGACCACCGCGCCUGGUUGCAGCAGAUGAUGGGUGCUCAGUUGCGACGCUUUGAGCAACGCAUGAACGAGCGCGUUGAUACGUUGGAAGCAAACGUGGACGCUCGCUUGGGGCGGCUGCAGGACUCAUUGGACCUCCUCACCCUGUUGGUACAGCGAGGAGGGGGCAUGGGCAGUGAGAGGCAAGAGCAGCCAUAA